GGUACUUUUCACACAUGAGGAGAAGACGAGCUUCAUAGAAGACCAGUAAGUGUCCAGAGUCAGAGACUCCUUGCCCACCAUGAAGGGAGCCUGUGUCAUUGCAUGGCUGUUCUCAAGCCUGGGGAUGUGGAGACUCACCCAGCUAGAGGCCCAGGACACUGCCCAGUGCCAGAGAGCUGAGCACCCGAUUAUUUCCUACAAAGAAAUUGGUCCCUGGUUACGGGAGUUCAGAGUGAAGAAUGCUGUGGAUUUCUCGCGGUUAACAUUUGACCCAGGACAGAAAGAACUUGUGGUAGGAGCAAGAAACUACCUCUUCAGAUUACAGCUGGAGGAUCUGUCUCUUAUCCAGGCUGUGGAGUGGGAGUGUGAUGAAGCUACCAAGAAGGCUUGUUACAGCAAGGGCAAAUCAGAGGAAGAAUGUCAAAACUAUAUCCGGGUUCUCUUGGUGGGUGGAGACCGGUUAUUCACCUGUGGCACCAAUGCUUUCACACCUGUCUGCACCAACCGCUCGCUGAGUAACCUGACUGAGAUCCAUGAUCAGAUCAGUGGCAUGGCCCGCUGCCCGUACAGUCCCCAGCACAAUUCCACAGCUCUGCUUACAGCCAGUGGGGAGCUCUACGCUGCGACAGCCAUGGAUUUCCCAGGCCGUGAUCCUGCCAUUUACCGAAGUCUUGGCACUUUGCCCCCUCUGCGUACUGCACAGUACAACUCCAAAUGGCUAAAUGAACCAAACUUUGUGUCUUCUUACGACAUUGGAAAUUUCACCUACUUCUUUUUCCGAGAAAAUGCUGUGGAACAUGACUGUGGGAAAACAGUGUUCUCCAGAGCUGCCCGGGUCUGCAAGAAUGACAUUGGGGGACGGUUCCUGCUGGAAGACACCUGGACCACAUUCAUGAAGGCUCGCCUGAACUGCUCCCGCCCUGGGGAGGUGCCUUUCUACUACAAUGAACUGCAGAGCACUUUCUUCCUGCCCGAGCUGGAUCUGCUCUAUGGCAUCUUCACCACCAAUGUGAACAGCAUUGCUGCCUCCGCUGUGUGUGUUUUCAACCUGAGUGCCAUCUCUCAGGCCUUCAAUGGGCCCUUCAAGUACCAGGAAAAUUCUCGCUCUGCCUGGCUGCCUUACCCCAACCCCAACCCCAACUUCCAGUGUGGCACCAUGGACCAGGGUCUGUAUGUGAACUUGACAGAAAGAAACCUGCAAGACGCUCAGAAGUUCAUUCUAAUGCAUGAGGUGGUACAGCCAGUGACCACAGUGCCCUCCUUCAUGGAAGACAACAGCCGCUUCUCCCACGUGGCUGUGGACGUUGUGCAGGGAAGAGAUUCUCUUGUCCACAUCAUCUAUCUGGCCACAGAUUACGGCACCAUUAAGAAAGUGCGGGCACCCCUGAAUCAGACCUCGGGCAGCUGUUUGCUGGAGGAGAUUGAGCUCUUCCCAGAGAGGAGACGGGAACCCAUCAGGAGCCUGCAGAUCCUCCACAGCCAGAGUGUACUGUUUGUGGGGUUGCAGGAGCACAUGGUCAAGAUCCCACUGAAGAGGUGCCAGUUCCAUCGUACACGCAGCACAUGCAUUGGGGCUCAGGAUCCUUACUGUGGAUGGGACAUGGUGAUGAAGAAAUGCACGAGCCUGGAGGAGAGCCUGAGCAUGACGCAGUGGGAACAGAGCAUCUCUACCUGUCCGACCAGGAAUCUCACCGUAGAUGGGAACUUUGGCCCGUGGUCUCAGUGGACACCCUGCACGCACACAGAUGGUGCUGCCAUGGGAUCCUGUCUCUGUCGGUCCCGCUCCUGUGACAGCCCAGCCCCACAGUGUGGUGGCUGGCAGUGUGAGGGCCCCAGCAUGGAGAUCGCCAACUGCUCCAGGAACGGAGGUUGGACUCCCUGGACCUCGUGGUCACCCUGCAGCACCACCUGUGGGAUUGGCUUCCAGGUGCGGCAGCGGUCCUGCAGCAACCCCACGCCCCGGCAUGGGGGCCGGGUGUGUGUGGGACAGAAUCGCGAGGAAAGAUAUUGCAAUGAGCACCUGCUCUGCCCACCACACAUGUUCUGGACAGGAUGGGGGCCUUGGGAACGCUGCACAGCCCAGUGUGGGGGUGGCAUUCAAGCUCGCCGCAGGACUUGUGAGAAUGGGCCUGACUGUGCAGGCUGCAGUGUGGAGUAUCAGUCUUGUAACACCAAUGCGUGUCCUGAGCUGAAGAAGACCACACCCUGGACUCCCUGGACUCCUGUCAACAUCUCGGACAACGGGGGCCACUAUGAGCAGCGAUUCCGAUACACGUGCAAAGCCCGCCUGCCCGAUCCAAAUUUGCUGGAAGUGGGGAGGCAGAGGAUCGAAAUGCGCUACUGCUCUAGUGAUGGGACCAGCGGCUGCUCCACGGAUGGGCUUUCUGGUGACUUCCUGCGUGCGGGGAGAUACUCGGCUCACACGGUCAACGGUGCCUGGUCAGCUUGGACAUCCUGGUCACAGUGCAGCCGUGACUGCAGCAGGGGCAUUCGGAACCGGAAACGUGUGUGCAACAACCCAGAACCGAAGUAUGGGGGCAUGCCUUGCCUGGGUCCAUCCCUGGAAUAUCAGGAAUGCAACAUUUUACCCUGCCCAGUGGAUGGCAUGUGGUCUUGCUGGUCAUCCUGGUCAAAAUGCUCAGCCACAUGUGGUGGUGGGCACUACAUGAGGACCCGCUCAUGCACGAAUCCUGCCCCAGCUUAUGGAGGGGACAUCUGCCUGGGGCUGCACACGGAAGAGGCACUCUGCAGCACACAGCCCUGCCCAGAGAGCUGGUCAGAGUGGUCAGACUGGUCUAUGUGUGACACAUCCGGCAUCCAGAUCCGAGCCCGCCACUGCAUUCUUCUGUUCCCUGUGGGCAGCCAGUGUUCUGGAAACACCACAGAGAGCCGGCCAUGUGUUUUCGACUCUAAUUUCAUCCCAGAAGUGUCCGUGGCAAGAUCCAGCAGCAUAGAAGAGAAGCGGUGUGGAGAGUUCAACAUGUUCCACCUGAUUGCCGUGGGGCUCAGCAGCUCCAUCCUAGGCUGCCUCCUCACCCUGCUGGUCUACACCUACUGCCAGCGGUACCAGCAGCAGUCCCACGAUGCAACAGUCAUCCACCCUGUCUCCCCUGCCCCUCUCAACACCAGCAUAACAAACCACAUCAACAAGUUGGACAAGUAUGAUUCGGUAGAGGCCAUCAAGGCAUUUAACAAAAACAACUUGAUCCUAGAGGAAAGAAACAAAUACUUCAACCCUCAUCUCACUGGGAAGACCUAUUCCAACGCCUACCUUACAGAUCUCAAUAAUUACGAUGAGUAUUAA